CAGACGCUUAUGUCACAACAAGUCACAAACAAACGGUUUUUUAAGUGAAAUACAUGAUUAAAACAUUUUUAAAUCAUUGAGCUGUUUAGACUUGUUUCUUAACAUUCUAAAACAUGAUGAUUAAAGAUAAAAUUAAGAUGUAGACAAUUGGCUUCAGAAUGUUGUGACAUGCAAUAUUUCGGAUAAAUAACAUCUUUCGGAUAAAUAAUACAUACACCAACUAACAACGACAGAAUAGUACUUAUUGUAAUAAUCAUCUGAUUUUGGUUAAUUGUUAUUAUAUUGGACAUUUUGGAAGAGGAAACAUGGAUGGCUUUUGUAAAAAGUGUUGUUUGAAGUCUUGUAAAAUACCUGAUGGAAAUUUGGAUAGCCGUAUAGAAGUAAAGACAGUAUUGCCUGAAGCAAAUAAGUUCUCAGAAAUGAAGCAGAAAAUGCUUGUGAAAUGGAAACUCAAUGGUGAAGCUGAAUUUCAUAAAAAGUGUUGGGAAGAAAUUCUCAUUCUUAUGCGGAAGAGGAACAAAACACAGCCUGUGAUGACCAGUGAUGAAAAGAAAAUGGUUAAAAUUGCAUCCGAAUCAGAAGAGCAGUUUGACAGUGAAACAUUAAUCAAAGAUGAGGCCAGGCAGGCAGCACAGUGGAUCAAAUCUGCUAAGCACCUUGUGGCAUUUACAGGAGCUGGGAUAUCAACAUCAGCUGGCAUUGGUGAUUACAGAGGCAAGGCUGGUAAAUGGACAGAGGAAGACCAGGCUGUUGCCAGGGCAACCACAUCUGAAGAACCAGCAAAGAAGAAGAGUAGAACACAGGAGGCAUUGGAACCAAAAUCUGAAAAACAGAAUGAAACAUCUGAUGAUGGUGUUCCUUAUGAGAAGUUGCGUCCAACCUACACCCACGAGGCUCUUAAUAAACUGCGUGAGGAUGGCUUCCUUAAGUUUAUAGUCAGUCAAAAUGGCGACGGUCUUCACAGACUGUCUGGAAUACCAGUUGACGGCAUUGCAGAGCUGCAUGGAAAUGUGUUCAUAGAGUACUGUGAAAAGUGUGGGAAAAAGUAUGAAAGGUGUUCCUAUGUACUCGAUGAUGAGUCCAGCCAGUACUAUGAGGAGUUGGAGGAUUAUGGUGAGACCAAGGCAAAGAAGAGGAAAUACGCUGCACAAUGUGAGCUCUGUGGUCUUAGCCAUAGGACUGGGAGAAAGUGUGAUGUUAAAGGCUGUAGAGGUAACCUCAGGGACACAAUAAUCAACUUCCGUGACAAUCUGGAGGUGGAGAUCUUAGGGGAGGCAGAGGAGAUGUGUGCUUCAUGUGACGUGAUGCUGUGUCUGGGCACAACCCUGAUGGUGACCCCUGCUUGUGACCUUGUUAAGAACAUGACAUCCAGGGAUAAACUCAUCAUCUGUAACAGGCAGGAGACCCCUCUAGAUAAGCAGUUCACUGGGAAGAGGCGUCGAGGGUGUCGUGUGUUUGGUGACUGUGAUAUGUUUAUGCGUGAGGUGAUGCACAACAUCUAUGAGCCGGAGGAUAUUGCUAUUUGGGAGAGUGACAGGAAACGCAGGAUGGACCUAUACAACAAACUCAGGGAAUAAACAAAGCUGUGUUAGCUUGAUAGGGAAAGCAGGGAAACAAACUCAGGAAAAUAGAGAAGGAGUUGGAGAUUUAUUUCAUGUAAACAAUCAAUUGCUUGUUUAAAUUCGUCCAAAACUUAGAUGUGCUUGAUUGGACUACAUGUACACAGGUUAUUUUACACAAAUGUUUUAACAAUUAAAUCAUGCACAUGUUUGUAAAUCAAUAUUAAUAUGCUUAAAUCAUGACACAGGCUGCUAUAUUUUACCUCCUCUGUACAUUUUAAUGUACACUGUACAUAACACAGACAAUCUUAAUUAACAUUUACCAUGUUAGAAAUAAAAUCCUAAGAUUUUGUAACUAAUUGAUAUGCUCAUCAGAAUGUUAAACAGACAAAGAGUGGUGAUGCUUUCAUUUAAUGCUGCAUCCAAGGAAACAGUGCUAAACUUGAUUUAAAAGGUUUAAGGCCUUGCAAAUAUAGACAUCUGUAAAGGGAGCCCACAUACUUCUGUAUUAAAAGUUAUAAAAGAUAUGAGUGAAUUCACCAUCUCUUUAUUACAAAGGAUAUUAGGUAAAAAUAUCAAUCAUGUGAUAUUUUAAUUUACAUGUAACUUAAUAUUACAAUUGUGAAUUUUUAUGUUCUUUUGUAUUUACCAAUGGCAAUAUUUUGAUAAUCGUGUAAUUUGUGUUGCCUUGUUACUCAGUGUCUCUCGUUUAUAGUAAAUUUGGCCUUUAUUCUUGUGCCUUUUAUCAAGAUCUUGGUUACAUUGUAGAGUACUGGUUUUGUCCAUGUGUUUACCAUUGUUCUCCUUAUCCUUCUUGUCUUCUGUGGUCAUACUUUUCACUGUGAUAUAUUUUAAAUGCAUAUGAUAUAUAUGUAUAUAUAAAUAUAUAGAUAUACACAUUGUAUGCGAUUUUAUAACACGUUCAUGAA